CUCUUUUCCUGUCACCAUGAACCAGUCUCAGCAGCCCGGGCAGAACGCAAAUCCUGGUUCGGCAGCCGGUGGAGGCUUUGGCCAGCCAAGACAAGAGAUGGAGUAUAUCUGUGCGGACUGCGGUGCGAAGAACGAGAUCAAGUCAAGAGAGCCUAUCCGCUGCCGUGAAUGCGGACACCGUAUCAUGUACAAGAAGAGAACGAAGCGAAUGGUGCAAUUCGAGGCCCGCUGACAGUGACACAGGCAUUCUGGAGCUGUCCGGAUGCGUCCCGUGUGCCAUGGACGCUUCCACGCCAUACCCCAAGAUCACCCAACAGGCCAUGCUAUCGCAGCUCAGGAGAGAAGCACGCUUGCUAUGAUAUCUCGUAUCUUCCUGUCAGACUGCUGAAAAGUACUGUAUCAAUAAUACCUGUGUAUUUUAUUGUCGUUAUCAUCGUUGUCUCACUGUGGAAUCGGAAUUAUAUGUGAA